AUGUUCAGUGAGGAUAACACAUGGGAGCCGCAUGAUAACCUGGACUGCCCCGACCUUAUCACCGAGUACAUGCAGAAACACAAGGAGAAGGACGACAAGAAGAAGGAGGGCAAGAGGAAAGUUGUCACGUUGACCGGCAUGAAAUUGGCAUAUGUCACACUGACCUGCAGCUCGCCGAGCACUCUACACAGCUGUGAUCAAUGUGGGGCAGCUUUCACACUACCGAGUACCCUAAAGAAACAUCAACGCAUUCACACUGGAGAGAAGCCUUACAGCUGUGAUCUAUGUGGUACAACAUUUUCUAGGAGUGGUAGCCUUAAAUCUCACCAGCGUGUUCACAAUGGAGAGAAGCCGUACUGGUGUGAACAAUGUGGGGAAAUCUUUUCUCAGAGUGGUCAUCUAGAAAACCACAGACGUGUUCACACUGGAGAUAAACCGUACAGCUGUGAACAAUGCGGGGCAGCAUUCAUAUAUUUAAAUAACUUACAAUCCCACCAGCGUGUUCACACUGAAGAGAAGCCAUACAGCUGUGAUCUAUGUGGUAAAACCUAUUCUCAGAGCAAAAACCUUAAAUCUCACCAGCGUGUUCACACUGGAGAUAGGCCGUACUGGUGUGAACAAUGUGGGGAAACGUUUUCUGUGAGUGGCCACCUUAAAAGACAUCAACGCAUUCACACUGGAGAGAAGCCAUACAGCUGUGAUCUGUGUGGUAAAACAUUUUCUCAGCGCAAUAACCUUAAACAACACCAGCGCAUUCACACUGGUGAGAAGCCUUACUGGUGUGAAAAAUGUGGGAAAAUUUUUUCUCAGAGUAGUGGCCUUAAAAAACACCAGCGCGUUCACUCUGCCUCGUUGUGAACAUGUUUCAGAGCCAAGCUGUUUCCUCCUGCCUCCUCCUCAUGCCCUGAUAGCUGUGUUGUUAUUUUCUGAUCUUCUCUCCACAUUGAAGGCUGACCAGCAGUAACUUUAUCUUCUGAACAGCAUGGAUGUUAUCCUGGCUAGGACUACACAUUAUACUCCCUCCCUUUGAAGGGAUUUAUUUCACUCCAAAUUAGUUAGUUUUCCUGUAAUAAAAUAUUCUGAGUUCAGGGUUCAACUGCUAGCGCUUUUUAAUUAAUGCUGCAACGAAGAAGUAUUUGUUGUUCUUAAUUAAUCACCUGGGGCCUGUUGCACAAAACUAGGAUAAGGGAUUAAGCCAGGAUAUCUUGCUGAUCCUGGCUCAAUUGAUCCGUAAUCCGGUUGCACUAAAGCUGGAUAGGGGGCAGGAGGAUAUGUUAUGGUAUAAAUUACCAUGGAGAUUUAUUCUGUGGAGCUAGCCUGCUCCAGACCAGGCUAAAUUCCAGGAUCUAUUUAAUCUCAUCCCUAAUGUCAGUCAGCAGUCACCACAAAUGGAAACCAAUAGUUAUUUCACUGCUCACUAUACAUUGUUAUCACAUAUAACUAGACCCACUAUCAUUAUUUAAACGUUUGUGAUCAUUAAUUUCAAUGAUUUUGGAUAAAUAAUGAUUUUUAGAUGAUGUUGCUAUCAUUAGAUAAUUUACAGUUUCCCAUAGACUAUAAGGCUAUAUAUAAAAUGAUAGAAUAUUAGGGCCACAGAGGGAAAAAAAGACAAGUCAUACUAUUGUAACCAGUUGUUUUAAAGGAGGACAGUUGCUAAAAUGACAGAUGUGGGGCAUUUCGUGAAAUUGUACUUCAGUAUGGUUUCAUAAACAAAGACAUGCUGAUGUGCCAGAAUAUUAAGUAUCACAUUGUCAUAAGUAUCAAAACUGUAAAAAGAAUAUGUAGCUUUUCUGCAGAAAGAA